GGUCCUCCCCCUCCUCCGCCGCUGCAGAGACAGGCUCCAGCUCCUGGUUAUCGAUCUCUGCACAUGUCAUAAAGGCGGUGAGGAAGUGAGCCGAGUGGUCUGAGACAGAUCUUUAAACUCAUUAACAGUCGACUUCUUGUUCUUGUUCUUGCUCUUGUUUGUAACGUUAUGCCUCUGCGGGUAGUAGUGCAGGGUCCCGGGCCCUGGGGCUUCAGGCUGGUCGGGGGAAAGGACUUCGAGCAGCCGCUGACUAUUUCCCGGGUCACCCCUGGGAGUAAAGCUGCACAGGCCAACCUGUGUAUUGGAGACAUGAUCCUGGCCAUCGACGGAGAGCCGACAGAGAACAUGACUCACUUGGAAGCGCAGAACAAGAUCAAGGGGUGCAUAGAGGAGAUGGUGCUCUCCGUAGACCGGUCAGAAACUAAAAUGUGGUCACCGCUUGCAUCUGAGGAAGGGAGGACACAUCCAUACAAGAUGAAUCUUGCAUCAGAGCCCAAGGAGGUGAAACACAUCGGCUCGACCCACAACAGGAGUGCUCUGCCGUUCACCGGCUUUGGCUCCAAAGUUGUGACCAACCAGUACAACAGCCCCUCUGGUCUCUACUCUUCAGAGAACAUCAAGGACUUCAACUCAGCUGUGGACGAAGUUAAAACCUUGGCGACUGCUAAUGAGCCCAGCACCAAAGCUCCGUUAGAUCCAUCGCAGAAGCGGCCGCCUGUAGCAGCAGAUUCGGAGGUUUACAAGAUGCUGCAGGAGAACCAAGAGUCUGACGAGCCUCCUCGACAGUCGGCUUCAUUCAAAGUGCUUCAGGAGAUUCUGGAGACAGGUGACUCUGAUAAACCGUCAGGGUUCAGGAGCGUGAAAGCACCUUCAACAAAGAUGGGAUCAUCUGUUGGGAACACAGACAAGUUACCUUCCUGUGACAAAUGUGGAUCCGGGAUUGUGGGGAUGGUGGUGAAGCUGAGGGACAAGUUCCGUCACCCCGAGUGCUACACCUGCACGGACUGCGACAUCAACCUGAAACAGAAGGGACAUUUCUUUGUGGAGGACCAGAUUUAUUGUGAGAAGCACGCACGCGAGCGGGUGACUCCGCCUGAGGGCUACGACGUGGUCACCGUCUUCCCCAAGUAGAGCGCCCCGCUGAGCUCCGCCUCGGACUGCACGCCACGAUGGAGAUCGACACCACGACAUGAUCCAGGACCUCGCAGCAGUUUAGCUCAUGCUACUCCAACGACUUCUCUCUCGCAUUGCGCUUCAGUACAGUCACUGGUAGGCAGGACCAUAAAGAACCACAUCUUUGAAAAAUGUUGAUUUGCACAUUAACUUUGGCAUCUACGAAAGAAAAAUUGAUGAAUACUACGAGAUGAUGGCAUUCAUUUUUUCACUCCCUUAAAAAAAAAAAGAAAAAAGUUUUCCAUUUGAAUGACAGCCACUGUGUUUAUGUAAUAUUUGUCUUUGUACGUGUUCAUUAUGUUCUUUUUUUGAAUCAUGGAAAGUACUUUUCACCCCAAGAGACGUGUUUUCUAAUGUUUUUAUUAAAUAAAUAGACCUCUAUUAUGCAUCAAAAAAUAGCUCAAAAACACAUUUGAAUACCAAAUAAAUAUUUUUAGCUCAAACAAA